UCCAAUUGCCUUAAAAUAUUACACUUUAAUUUUUAAAAUUUUGAAAUUUUGAAUCAUUACAAAUAUUCAAUGAUCACUUUGAUAAAUUUAAUUACGAAAUGAUAGUAAGAAACUGUAUAAAAGAAUUAUCUUGCCGCUCUGUACAAACGAUAAGUUGCGUACGAAAAAACUCCACUGCAAAAUAUUGUUUGGAAUUAGUUAGAAAACAUGAUUUUGAAAAUUAUUUAUGCACUUUAUUAUUACAUAAAAAUAUUAGAAGAACCGGUUUUGCUGUUAGAGCAUUUAAUAUUGAAGUAGCAACUCUUCAAGAUCAAAUAAGUGAUAUGAAAAUCGGAGAAAUGCGGUUUAAAUUUUGGGAGUCAUCUUUGACUGAGAUAUAUAAAAAUAAAAUUCCAAAACAUCCUGUACUCAUUGAACUUUAUACGGCAACAAAAACACAAAAAUUAAGUAUAAUAUAUUUGAAACGUUUAAUCUCAUCUCGAGAACAUUUUAUGUUAAAUUCAUCUCUGAAAACCAUUGAAGAUUUGGAGACUUAUGCUGAAAACUCAGUUUCACCGGUAUAUUAUUUGUUCCUAGAAGCAAUGGGGAUUAAGGAUAUGAAAGUUGAUCAUGCUGUAAGUCAUCUAGGUAAAUGUCAAGGAAUUAUAAACAUUAUCAGAGGUAUUCCUUAUAAUACAAAAUCUGGGCGUGUAUCAAUACCUCAAGACAUUUUGCUAAAAUAUAAAGUUUCCUAUGAAAAUAUUAUAAGAAAUUCGAGUGAACAGAAUGUGCGCGAUGCAAUUUAUGAAUUGGCUUCGAGAGCUAAUAGUCAUCUUAUAAAGGCCAAAAAUUUGGAGAAGAAAGGAAAUAAACGCAUUAAAUCAAUAUGCUUACCAUUUGUUCCACUUCAUUUAUAUUUGGAAAAGCUUCGUAAAGCCGAUUUCAAUGUAUUUGAUAAAAAACUUCAAGAACGAAAUAACUUAUUACCUAUGAAAUUAUUAUGGCAUAAAAUAGUUGGCUAAAAUGACCUUGUUGUUAGAUAGAUUUGUUGAAAUUGUUAUAAGUAUACUUUUGUAUACUACAAUUAAGAGGAAUUCAUACCACUUCUGUCGUCUCCAUCUUAAAAAUGUGCAACAGCGAAAUUGUGUCUAUCAAAACCAAUUUUAACUUAAGUACUAGAGUACAUUUUUUAUUAUUAAACUUAAACGUAAAAAAAUUCAAUGUUUUUGUUCAAUUCAUAAGUUUUUUUAGCAAGUUAGGAUCAUUUUGAAUUGAAAUAUUUUACAUACUAAAAACUAACUUAAAAAUUGAAAUAUUGUAAUAUGUACAAACACAAAUUAUGUUUUUACCUAUAAGUUUGUUAAAAUGUCAAUUCACUUUUAUAUUAAAGUAAUACACAAAAUUGGUUGGACGCAAAUGGUUUAUGUUGUCAUCUUGUAAGACUGAGACAACGCAUAUGGGUGUGACAUCCUCUUACGAUUAAAUGAUUACCAAUAAUGAUUUUAGUUAUUAAUUGUUGAAUCUUAUUAAUUUUAACCAUUCAAAAAUUAGUUAUUACUAUUAAUUUUUGCUAUGAAAUAAAAAAAAAUUGUUGUACGUAUUUAUUUUUUGUAUAAUAUUAUGGCUAUCAUAUUCUACUGAUUUCUUACUAAGCUACUAGAGGAAUUUUAAAAAACAUUUAAACUCUUAUCUCUAAA